UGCAACUGGUGCCCGCGUUUCAAGACGUCAGAAACGUGUCAGCGGGACCCGAGGCCACCGGGGUCGUGAGGACCCAGGAUCCAGUGAACAUGGUAACCUGCGUACCGGCCUCAGAGCAAAUCAGCUGUGCCGAUGGAGAGCCACAAGUUUAUUGUCCGGAAGAUACUGGGGACACCGAGGCUGUGCGGGUUACUGGCUGCGGGAGCCCUGAGGACAGUGGACGUCAGAAUGAGCCAGGCUACUGCAAUUCAGAGGACUCUGGGCAGCUGAUGGCCUCCUACGAGGGUAAAGCUAGGGGCUACCAGGUGCCUCCUUUUGGCUGGCGGAUCUGCUUGGCUCAUGAGUUUGCAGAGAAGAGGAAACCCUUUCAGGCUAACAACGUCUCCCUAAGCAACCUGGUAAAGCAUUUUGGUAUGGGCUUGAGGUACUUGAAGUGGUGGUACCGGAAGACCCAGGUGGAAAAGAAGACCCCUUUCAUCGACAUGUUCAAUUCUGUACCCCUGAGACAGAUCUAUGGUUGUCCCUUGGGUGGCAUUGGAGGAGGUACUAUCACCCGGGGCUGGAGAGGCCAGUUCUGUCGUUGGCAGCUUAAUCCUGGGAUGUACCAGCACCAGACAGUCAUUGCAGACCAAUUUACAGUAUGCUUGCGUCGGGAUGGGCGGACUGUGUAUCAGCAAGUUCUGUCCCUGGAGCGUCCAAGUGUCCUGCGCAGCUGGAACUGGGGUCUUUGUGGUCACUUUGCUUUCUACCACGCCCUUUACCCCCGAGCCUGGACAGUCUACCAGCUUCCUGGCCAGGGCGUCACCCUCACUUGCCGCCAGGUCACACCUGUCUUGCCGCACGACUACCAGGACAGCUGUCUCCCUGUAGGAGUCUUUGUGUGGGAUGUAGAAAACGAAGGAGAUGAGGCUCUGGAUGUGUCCAUCAUGUUCUCUAUGCGGAAUGGACUAGGGGGUGAAGAUGAUGCCCCAGGAGGGUUGUGGAAUGAGCCCUUCUGUCUGGACCGGGAUGGGAAGACUAUACGGGGGCUACUCCUGCAUCACCCCAGCCCCCCGAACCCCUACACUAUGGCUGUGGCUGCACGCUGCACGGCAGACACCACGGUAACCCACAUCACAGCCUUUGACCCUGACAGCACUGGGCAGCAGGUGUGGCAGGACCUACUUCAGGAUGGACAGCUGGACUCCCCUGCUGGCCAGAGCACCCCCUCACAGAAAGGAGAGGGCAUUGCUGGGGCUGUCUGUAUCUCCAGCAAGCUGCCACCACGGGGCCGGUGCUGCCUGGAGUUUUCACUGGCUUGGGACAUGCCUAGGAUCAUGUUUGGAGCUAAGGGCCAAGUCCACUACAGGCGCUAUACACGGUUCUUUGGUUCAGAUGGUGAUGCAGCACCUGCCCUUAGCCACUAUGCACUGUGCCAAUAUGCAGACUGGGAGAAGAGAAUCUCAGCGUGGCAGAGCCCAGUGUUGGAUGACAGAUCCUUGCCUGCCUGGUACAAAUCUGCACUGUUCAAUGAAUUAUACUUCCUGGCUGAUGGAGGCACAGUAUGGCUGGAAGUUCCUGAAGACUCUCUACCAGAGGAGCUGGGAGGCAGCAUGCACCAGCUCCGCCCCAUUCUGCAGGACUAUGGGCGAUUUGGCUAUCUUGAGGGCCAGGAGUAUCGCAUGUACAACACAUACGAUGUCCACUUCUAUGCUUCUUUUGCCCUUGUCAUGCUGUGGCCCAAACUUGAGCUCAGUCUACAGUACGAUAUGGCUCUGGCCACUUUCAAGGAGGACCUGACACGGCGACGGUACCUGAUGAGUGGCGUCGUGGCGCCUGUGAAAAGGAGGAACGUUAUCCCUCAUGAUAUCGGGGACCCAGAUGACGAGCCAUGGCUCCGGGUCAAUGCAUAUUUGAUUCAUGACACUGCUGACUGGAAGGACCUGAACCUCAAGUUUGUGCUGCAGGUUUACCGGGACUACUACCUGACAGGUGACCAAGGCUUCCUGGAGGACAUGUGGCCUGUGUGUCUGGCUGUGAUGGAGUCUGAAAUGAAGUUUGAUAAGGACCAGGAUGGACUCAUUGAGAAUGGAGGCUACGCAGACCAGACCUAUGACGGAUGGGUCACCACAGGCCCCAGUGCUUACUGUGGAGGGCUGUGGCUGGCCGCCGUGGCCGUGAUGGUUCAGAUGGCUGUUCUGUGUGGGGCCCAGGAUGUCCAGGAUAAGUUUUCUUCUAUUCUCUGCCGAGGCCGAGAAGCUUAUGAGAGACUGCUCUGGAAUGGCCGCUAUUACAACUAUGACAGCAGCUCCCAGCCUCAGUCCCGGAGUGUCAUGUCUGACCAGUGUGCUGGGCAGUGGUUCCUGAGGGCCUGUGGCCUGGGAGAAGGAGACACUGAGGUAUUUCCUACCCUGCAUGUGGUCCGCGCUCUCCAAACCAUCUUUGAGCUCAACGUCCAGGCCUUUGCAGGGGGAGCCAUGGGGGCUGUGAAUGGGAUGCAGCCUCAUGGUGUUCCUGAUAGAUCCAGUGUGCAGUCGGAUGAAGUUUGGGUGGGUGUGGUCUAUGGGCUGGCAGCCACCAUGAUUCAAGAGGGUCUGACUUGGGAAGGUUUCCGGACAGCUGAAGGCUGUUACCGCACUGUGUGGGAACGCCUGGGCCUGGCUUUCCAGACCCCAGAGGCAUACUGCCAGCAGCGAGUGUUCCGCUCACUGGCCUACAUGCGGCCACUGAGCAUCUGGGCCAUGCAGCUGGCCCUGCAGCAGCAGCAGCAGCAGCAACAUAAAAAGGGCAGGCCAGUCAUCACACAGGGCACAGGACUGAGCACGGAAUGUGAAUGUGGACCAAAGCUGAGUCCAGAGUGAUCCCUCCUCACUGUGGAAGCCCAGCCUCCACACUGGUCUUUCCUCCUCCUUCCCACAACUCCUGCAGCCCUGAGCCACUUGGACAAUCACGCCCCUUCCCUUCUUCCUCCCCAGCUGUGCCAGUAAAAAGGGGCUGAAGAAGCACUUAUUUAUUUCUUCCCCUACCCGUUCCUUCCGUGGAUGAAAUAUUCAAGGCCAGUAAAUCUCUCCAAGUCUAUUCAUGGAACAACAGAUACACAUGGGUAUAAAUAAAAGAUCCCUAAAACUAGUAA